AUGACCGAUCGAUUAGUAAUUCCUGAAUGCUUCCGUCAAUGCAUUCUCAAGCAACUACAACGUGGGCAUCCUGGAAUUGAGCGGAUGAAGACCAUUGCCCGAAGUCACGUCUUCUGGCCCGAAAUAGAUGCAGCCAUCAAAACAUUCGUCAAGCAAUGUAGUAAUUGUGCAUCACAUUCCAAGUCACCACCGAAACUUCCACCGCAGCCGGGGCCACAAGCGAAGACCCCCUGGGAGCGAAUCCAUAUUGUCUUCGCCGGUCCUUUCUUCGAUCAACAUUUUCUAGUCGUUGUGGAUGCGCAUUCCAAAUGGCCGGAAAUUCGAAUCCUUCGAUCACCUUCAACAUCAGCCGUGAUCGAAUUUCUAGAAGAGCUGUUCGCCCGAUUUGAAAAUCCAUCGACGAUUAUUUCGGACAACGGAAGCCAGUUUACAUCCGAACAAUUUUUAUCGUUUUGCGCUUCAAAUGGUAUUCAACAUCUUCGUUCAGCACCGUAUCAUCCACAGUCCAACGGCCAGGCAGAGAGGUUUGUGGACACACUCAAGCGGUCGAUGUUAAAAAUCAACGAGGGAGAAAAACUUACCGAUCCACUCCAAGCCGAAUUUUGA